AUGUCCGGGAACACAGCGGAGGGCCAACAAGUCCCUACCCACGAAACCGACUAUUCAACAUGGACUACGUCGAGACUUGUUGCCCGAAUCACUGAACUAGAACGCCAGUUACAUUCCCGCACAGCAGAGUACGCUGCAUCCCCUGCGAAGCAGCCCGAGGACGCGGCCAAAGACGCUGCCAAGAGUGCACCGAGUGAUGGGAAAGUGAACCAGAAGGAGCCUUCAUCUCCUGCGGUGGGAGCGGAGAAGAAGAAGCAGGUGAAGCCGCCAAAGCCGCCGAAACCGCGCCGGGAAAUUGAUCCGUCGAGAUACAAUACACGGUUCAUCGCGUUGAAGUUCGCCUACCUUGGACAGCGGUACAAUGGGCUUGAGCAUGCAAACGGGAAUGCCACGCCGCUACCUACGAUCGAGGAGGAGAUGUACAAGGCUCUACGGAAGACGCGAGAGACGAAGCCGUAUUAUAUCAAUUGGGAUGGAUGUGAAUAUUCCAAGGCUGGGCGUACGGACCGAGGAGUCAGUGCCUUCGGGCAAGUGAUUGGCAUUAGAGUGCGGAAUGAGCUACCCUACGUGAGCAUGUUGAACAAGGUGCUUCCUGAGGAUAUUCGUGUAUUGGCAUGGUGCCCGCGUCCUCCUGAGGGGUUCGAUGCCCGCUUUUCUUGCGGGGAACGCCAUUACAAGUAUUUCUUCACGCAGCCAGCCUUUUCUCCUACGCCGGGCGCUUCGGGCUUUGUGCCGCGAGAUGGAACAGGCAAGCCUCCGAAGCUGAGAGAGGGUUGGUUAGACAUUGAAGCGAUGCGCAAAGCUGCGAAGUAUUUCGAAGGGACACACGACUUCCGGAACUUCUGUAAAUUGGACGUGACGAAACAAAUCGAGUCUUUCUACCGAGACAUCUUCCAGUCUUCAGCGGCACCUCUGCCAACAGCAGCGCAGGUAUAUGUCUUCCAUCUGGAGGGUUCUGCUUUCCUGUGGCAUCAGGUCCGACAUAUGGUCAAUGUCCUUUUCCUCGUCGGUCAGGGGCUCGAGGAACCAUCCAUUGUACAGGAUCUCCUUGACGUGACCAAGAACCCGCGAAAACCAACCUACGAGAUGGCUUCUGAUGCCCCCCUGGUGCUUUGGGACUGCAUCUACCCCGAUAAGAAGAGCGGCAGCCGUGCUGAUAGCUUGGAUUGGGUUUAUGCGGGCGACGUUCGGCAGAUCAAGUCUCACCUCGGUAAGGGAGGUGGAAAGUUUGGUCUUGGAGGGAUUGUAGAGGAGCUCUGGUCCGUUUGGAGGCAGCGCAAGAUGGAGGAAAUCCUUGCUGGCGCAUUACUGGACUUGGCCGUUAGUCAGGGCGACAAGAGGCUCACUAUUGGUGAUGGAGUCGAGCCAAUCUGGGAGAGAAAGAACCGGGGUAAGAAAAUCUUCGUUGGGUCGAAUGAAGCCAGAACCGGCGGGUACUAUGUCCCAGUCAUGCAGAAGAGAAAGACAGAGCUCGUGGAAGUCCAGAACGCGAGGUGGCUGGCGGCAAAGCAGCGCAGGAUGGAGAAUGGCGCAAAGGCCACCAAGAUGGAAUAG